AUGGCAUCACCAAACGGGUCAAAUGGCCGAGCAAAUUACAUCAACGCCCAGCCGCAAACACAGUCGUGGAAUGCGCAAACAUUGCUGAACCCUCGAUCCUACGCUGCUUCGAAUGCUGCCUCGAGGCGCAAUUCACCCAAACCUCAGCACUUGGCGAACCGAUCUACUCCGGGAAAUCAUAACGCCACCAACAACCCUGUUGUAUUCCAAUUCGCGAGUCCCAACGACACGACGAGCGAGUCUCUGACACCCAGCUUCACCUCGGGCGCUUCAACUCCCGUGAACGACGGCGGCAUUUCACCAUACGGGAUGGCCAACAUGAUCGAGAGGAUGAACGACGUUCAGGAUCGCGCUGCGGCGCCACUGCCAAAGCGCCGAAAAUUCGAUACCCCCGACCCCGAGUCUGACGCCGACAGCAACAAGAAGAAGAUGGGACCUGCCGGUAGCGGAAUGCUUGGCGCCUAUGUGAAGGAAAAGCAAGACGAAGGCAAGAAGGAGAAUUCCAAGGUGUCUACCCAGACUGUGGACUUGACUGAGGAGGGCGACGAUUUGGUCAUGGUGGAGGACCCCGCAACCGAAGAGGUCUGUUACGGCAUGCUCACCGGCUUCCUCGACUGCCACAAGGUUCCUUCCGCCAAACCGGGCACGCAGAGCAUCUUCGGAGCCGACUUCAUGCCACCCGUUAAGAUCGUUCUGAAGCGAAUAAUCGGGGAUUCAACCAAAAAGAUCCAGGCAUACGACUACACGCGCGAUAUCAUUGGAAAUGUGGAUGCCAAUACAGCCAAUGCUCUCGUUCCCCUGCUGGACUCCAACGUGCGCCUCCGGACCGAUUGCAAGAUUCCUGCGCGUAGAAAGCAAGCGGAUGAGCAGCCGGGCCAGGCGAUAUCGAGAUCCUAUCCCGUGGAAAUGACACUGUACGGCCAGUACAGAUUCGUCAAGGCCGUGGGCAAGCACUUUGAGAGAUUCAAGAUUAUUCUGCGCCAUCCCAAUAGAGUUGACAAAGGCGUCAGAUAUGAGAAUGUUCAUACCGACAACAAGCCUAACCCAGCACCUGGUGCCAGAAACCUGGCCGGAGCUCUCGCCCAGUACAACAAUCACUCCUCGUCUACCUAUUACACUAACCCCACCCCGCGCACCGUCGAAGAGAUCAGAUCAGACGUGAUGGGCGUCUUUGACUCUAUGGGCAAGACCGAUGAGCUUCCUGAAAUGGACCCAGCUCCUAUCGUCAUCACAGAGUUACUGAAGCAUCAGAAACAAGGCCUCUAUUUCAUGACUGCGAGAGAAAAGGAAUCGACGGCCGAAGAACGAGUAAAGGGGUCCAUGUGGCAACUCAAAAUCGGGCCCACUGGACAGAAGUUCUACUACAACGUCAUCACCGGCCACCAAGAGCGGACUCUCCCCGCAGACACCCACGGCGGUUUGCUCGCCGAUAUGAUGGGCUUGGGAAAGACCCUCAGUAUCCUCUCCCUCAUUGCCAGCUCGUUGGAUGAGGCCAAGGAAUGGGCAGGUCGCACUCCAGUCCAGCCCGAGAUGCCACCCCAGAAAGCUGGAGGCAAGGCAACGGCUUCGAGCUCCCUGCCCCUGACAGGCAUCGCAAAGAACGCCAGGGCUACAUUGCUCGUGUGUCCCUUGAGUACGGUCACGAACUGGGAAGAGCAGAUCAAGCAGCACAUCGCGCCGGGUGAGAUCAGCUACUAUAUCUAUCACGGUUCGAAUAGAAUCAAAGAUGUCGAGAAGUUGGCCGACUUUGAUUUGGUCAUCACCACGUAUGGCUCUGUCUCUAGUGAGCUAGGCGCUCGCAGCAAGCGGAAGUCUGGCAAGUAUCCGUUGGAGGAGAUCGGUUGGUUCCGAAUCGUGCUGGAUGAGGCACACAUGAUUCGCGAAGUCGCGACUCUGCAGUUCAAGGCCAUUGUUCGUCUUCAGGCCGCCCGUCGCUGGGCUGUGACUGGCACGCCCGUGCAGAACCGACUCGAGGACCUGGCCGCUCUCCUUCAGUUUGUCCGGUUGAAGCCAUUUGACGACCGCAACAAGUUCAACCGUUUCAUCGUGGACCCCUUCAAGGCUUGUGACACGGAGAUUGUUCCGAAACUCCGCGUGCUUGUUGACAGUGUCACACUCCGCCGGUUGAAGGACAAGAUCAACCUUCCGCCCCGAAGCGACCACAUUGUCAAGCUCGACUUCACAGACGAGGAGCGCGAGGUUUACAAUCUCUUCGAGAAGAACGCUCAAGAUCGCGUCAAGGUGCUUGCUGGCAACGGCGUACAGAAAGCGUUGGGCGGUCACACCUACAUCCACAUUCUUCGAUCCAUUCUCCGACUUCGACUCCUCUGUGCACACGGCAAGGAUCUCUUGAAUCAGGAAGAUUUAGAGGCUUUGCAGGGCAUGACAGCUGACAUGGCUAUUGACCUUGAUAGCGAAGAUGAGGACAAAAAGCCCGGCUUGUCGGAUCGGAAAGCAUACGAGAUGUUUGAGCUCAUGCAGGAGACGAACUCGGAUGCUUGCAGCGCCUGCUCGAAGAAACUAGGAUCCAACGACGACGCUAGCAUCGAGUCUGAGGGACAGGAAGACAUUCUUGGUUACAUGACGCCUUGCUUCCACAUCAUCUGCGGUUCCUGCAUUAAGGGUGUUAAGGAACAAGCUAGACGACUGCUCCCUCCCGGCCAGGCCAUGGGACCUUGCCCCAUCUGUUCCGCUGUGAUCAAGCCUGCCUACGUUGACAUUCGUCGAUCUCGACUCAAGGUGGAGCACGAGGGUCCUGCCAAGGAGAAGACUGCGACGAACGGCCGCAAGAGCUUUGGAAAGUAUACAGGUCCGCACACGAAGACGAGGGCACUGGUCGAGGACCUGCUCAAGUCAAAGGCUGACAGCGAUGCGAACCCCGAUGAGCCGCCGUACAAAUCGGUGGUGUUUUCCACGUGGACCUCUCACCUUGACUUGAUCCAAAUGGCUCUUGACAAUGUCGGUGUGACGUACGUCAGACUGGAUGGCAGCAUGACCCGUAUCGCUCGAACUCAGGCGAUGGAUAGUUUCCGGGAAGACCACUCUGUUCACGUGAUCCUAGUAUCGAUCACUGCUGGUGGCCUUGGCCUGAACCUGACAGCAGGUAGCAGCGUCUAUGUGAUGGAGCCUCAGUAUAACCCCGCGGCCGAAGCUCAGGCCAUUGACCGUGUUCACCGUCUUGGCCAGAAGCGACCGGUUCGAACAGUUCGCUACAUUAUGAGAAACAGCUUCGAGGAGAAGAUGCUCGAACUGCAGGAGAAGAAGAACAAGUUGGCGACCCUCAGCAUGGACCGGAAGGAGAGAGUUUUCGACAAGAGCGAAGCGGCCCGGCAGAGACUUCUGGAUCUGCGAAGUCUCUUCAAGUAA